AUGUGGCCCGCGACGAUCCUGUCCCAACCGUACAGCUAUAUUUACUUCAAAGGACCCGGUGCCAAAGAACCAACGUUCUCCUUCAACCUAACCCAUCCUGGAGAUCCUCUACCCAAUAACCGGAAUCGACCACUCUUCUCAGCGGCUCGCUUCGCGUCCACGAGAGCCCCCGUCAGGGUUGCUUCCACUGAUUCCCCCCGACAAUCGGAGCGGACCACACCAGCGAACGCGGUCGAACUAACGACGUCCGUUCCUUCGACGUUCGAUGUUCCCGUGUUCCUUUCCGAAGGUCGUUUCCCAACCUCACCGCCUAGAUCUCAGCGAAACAGGGCCAGUCACAUGCGUUCGACGGAAAAUUCACGAAGCGACGAUGACGCCGCUUUUUUGUUCUCCACAACGAAAAAGUUUCCCGCUCCGCGAUCCGUGUCGACAGCAUCUGGAAUUCAAAGGAUACCGUCCCUGUUCGAUGGAGAUUUCAAGCCAUUCAAGUUCCCGAAAGGGAAAUCGGGCAUCAUGGUUCGCCUUCCAGGAGGGGCUAGCUACUAUGUUGACUUUUCGCCGAAUGUCCCGAAUAACCAACGGACGAGCUCUUCACCUCCUCGAGCAUUUGGUUUUCCCACGACACCGCCCACUCAGACAGCGACGUCUCCGCCGGCGGUGAAUUCAUUGACGGCUGGUACGACCAGAUCCCCGACAUCUCCGAGACAGUUCCCCACAGCUAUUCCUCCAGCAUCGUCGGUGCCGGGGCUGGACGAUGCAAACUUCCUGUUCACUCCUCCUAGAUCGUCGAGUUUCACCCCGGGCUUCAGCCCCGCCGGCAAGAGACCAUCGAAGUUCACCCGACCCUUGCCGACUCGGAGUCCGCCGAAACAACGAUUUCAAGCAGGCAUCUUCUUCCUCUCAAACGGAACGAUCUCGUCGGUUCCCUCAACUCGGAAACCCUUCGGGCGGACCAACGAUAACUUCGCGAGGUUCAACCCGAAUCCAUCUGGCGGGGCUCGGAGACCUGCGGACCCCCCGAUGAAUUCCGGAUCCGGUGGGCGCCCAAAAUUGUCCAGGGGUCAAAACCUGCGCGGACAGCUCGGAGGUCCCUCCGUUCCGAUCUUCCCCAACCCAGCCGUGGAGAGAGGCCGCAACGAUGACGGCGCAACUCCCCGUAGGAAAGUCGUUCCCACGCGGAAUCCGGAAGUUAUUCGUCAGCUGCGAGACAAGUUACGCGAGCAGAACCUCAAAGAUCUCAGCGACUCCCCCCAGAAAGAGAAGAAUCGUCAGCUAAAGUAAGACCAUCAGCGAAUAUUUUCUGAUGAAAAUGCCUCCGAUCGAUGUGAAUGAGAGCGCCGGGAUGAUGCGGCCGUGUUUGAUUCUGCGCGGAAUUUCAAUAGCAUUGACGCCCGACCUGUCAGCAAAACCCCGGAGCGUCCCAGAAAUUCAACAUCAAGUUCAAGGCCCGCUCCGCCGACGUCUAGUGUCACGGAUGUGUUCACGACCGGUAGGACAGCGUUCACGCAGCCUGGUACAACGCGGAAACCGACGACUCCUGACGUAUUCACAGCCUUCGGAGAUGACGUCGGAACCUCACGUCCUAGCCUCGAUCUGACCGAUCCGCCACCGACCUCGACGAGCUUCACGACUCCGCGACCCACGAGAGCUCCUGUCCUCAUCACGAGACGACCCAUUACGGGUCCACGAACGUUCCCCCCGUCAACAAGCAGAAAGCCGAAUCUCCCGCAAUUCGUCACUACACUCGCUCCGACGACCACCGAUUCACCAACGACGUUCUUGCCGGUCACAUUCGCUCCAAUAACCUACAGCCCAACGACAUUCGCACCUUUCGUUACCGAGAGAUUCACCUCCAGACCAACGACAACUCCGCGUCCUACCACGCCGAGGUUCAGAGCGGUCGCCACCACAACCGAAGCUCCUCCAAUGCAAGCGCCAACAACGACGCGACGACCUCUGACAACUCUCCGGGAUUUCGCGGUCAGCCCCCGCGCGGAUGUUUGCCCAGUUCGAAGGUACAAUCAACGUCACACGUCAUGUGUCCCGAAGACCUGCUCGACUCACGAGAGAGGCCUGAAGAACGGGGAUCUCGAAGAGAUUUUGUACUCACACAACAAAUAUCGGGCCGAUGUAGCGACAGGAUCCACGGCCUACUCUCAGCUGCCUCAGGCUUCGGAUAUGCUCCUAAUGGAGUGGGAUGACGAGCUCGCUGCUGUGGCGCAAGCUCACGCCGAUCUUUGCAGUUUCGAUCACGAUUGUCCGUCCUGCAGACGUAUAAGCAAGUUCCCAGCCGUCGGGCAGAACCUGUGUCUCGAUCAGACGAACACCAGAAAUCCUCAGGCCAACUGGACUGCCUGUAUCACUCGAUGGUUCGAGGAAGCUUCAAUGGUCCGGCCUAACGACGUGCAUCCGUAUUCAUUCGUCCACGCCACUGGUCAUUUCACUCAGAUGAUGUGGUCGCGAACUUGGAAAAUUGGCUGUGGCUUCACCAUGUAUCCAUCGAGACAGCCGCCGUACACCUACGACUUGCUUUACACCUGCAAUUAUGGUCCCGCGGGCAACACCAUCGGAGAGAACAUGUACGGUUUGGGAGCACCCUGUUCUGCUUGUCCCAGGGGUACCAAAUGCAUGAAAAACGAAUUCUUCGGACUUUGUGAGUCCCAGAGCUCGUUGGGACCCCUGCCCGAGCCAUUCCCUGGUCCGGCAGGGGGUUUGCUGCUGAGCUGCAGCUUUAAUGAGAUCAGUAGUGACGACUGCGCGGCGGAAACAAACGGACCUUUUGUCUUGAACGCUCCGCUCGCGAUCGGGAGUCAUAUCGAAGUGGUUCUGAAACCUGGGCAACAGGCCCGUCUCAGCUUUAGGAAACCAAUCCCGUCGGAGAAUCCGAUUUGUGUCAUUGUCAAUUACGAUAUCGGCGCGGACGAGAACGGCAAAACGAGCUACGGAAAAAUGACACUGACCGUCCGCGGGAAAAACUACGAAGCCGAGGGUAAUUUCGGGGAUCCCAGCGACGAUGGCGUACGCAAGUUCUUCUACAACGUCGACACCUUGGGUCUCGUGAAGAAAUUGGAACUCUCAUUCGUCUUCGCGGUUCCUACGGGCUCCGCUGACACCUUCUUCAAUCUAUACGACGUCAACGUAAUCCAAGACACGUGCUUUGACUACUAUCAAAAGAAUCAGCUCCGGGCGAAAGCUAAGGCUUAA